CUCCUUGCGAAGAUGAUGUACUGCGCAUGCUCGGUGAGCCCCGGGCCAGGCGUUGCAGUCGGCCAAAAUGAUCAUGGCGCUGAGUAAAACAUUUGGCCAAAAGCCGGUGAAAUUUCAGCUGGAAGAAGAUGGGGAAUUUUACAUGAUCGGCUCCGAGGUGGGGAAUUACCUGCGCAUGUUUAGGGGUUCACUAUACAAGAGGUACCCCUCCCUCUGGAGACGCCUGGCCACUGUAGAAGAAAGGAAGAAGAUCGUAGCCUCAUCACAUGGCAAGAAAUAUCAUGGCUACACAACAUUGGCUACUAGUGUAACUCUAUUGAAAGCCUCAGAAGUUGAAGAAAUCCUUGAUGGGAAUGAUGAAAAAUACAAAGCUGUUUCUAUUAGCACAGAACCUCCAACUUACCUCAGAGAACAAAAAGCAAAAAGAAACAGCCAGUGGGUUCCAACACUUCCCAACAGCUCUCACCACCUGGAUGCUGUGCCCUGUUCUACUACAAUUAACCGAAACCGCUUAGGUCGUGACAAAAAGAGGACCUUCCCACUUUGCUUUGAUGAUCAUGAUCCAGCAGUGAUUCAUGAGAACGCUUCUCAGCCAGAGGUGCUAGUUCCUAUCCGAUUGGACAUGGAGAUAGAUGGGCAGAAGUUGCGUGAUGCUUUCACAUGGAACAUGAAUGAAAAGUUGAUGACCCCCGAAAUGUUUGCAGAGAUUCUCUGUGAUGACUUGGACCUCAACCCACUUGCCUUUGUCCCAGCUAUUGCUUCAGCUAUCCGCCAGCAAAUAGAGUCUUAUCCUACUGACAGCAUUCUGGAAGACCAGUCUGACCAGAGAGUCAUCAUCAAGCUCAAUAUCCACGUUGGGAACAUUUCCUUGGUUGACCAGUUUGAGUGGGAUAUGUCGGAAAAAGAGAACUCCCCAGAAAAAUUUGCACUGAAGUUAUGUUCGGAGCUUGGCUUGGGUGGCGAGUUUGUUACCACUAUUGCAUACAGCAUCCGUGGGCAGCUCAGCUGGCAUCAAAAGACUUAUGCAUUCAGUGAAAACCCCUUGCCAACAGUGGAGAUCGCCAUCCGAAAUACAGGUGAUGCAGACCAAUGGUGUCCUCUUCUGGAGACUCUCACAGAUGCAGAAAUGGAAAAGAAGAUCCGUGACCAGGACAGGAACACCAGGUGCCACCGUCGUUUCAUACGCUUUUCCUUCCGGGCUUCUCGCCGGGGUAGAAUAUAGACAACAAUGUGGCACUUCCUCGAAGCAUCCACGAGGAAGACUUUUCCGCUUUUGCGCACCAGCCUAUGAAGUGAUGAUUUGUGUCUAUCCGUGUCUGUGCUGUCGUGCUUCAGCCAGUGGAGCUGCUCUUUUAAUCAUUAUCACACUUUGCAAGUGUCGUGUUGGUAUUUCAUUUGACAUUAGCUGGUGGGAUUGGACAUUUCUCCCAGUGCUCGCCAUUAGCUUAGUAGCACCAUCUGUGCCCAGUUCCCCCUAAAUAGAAAAAUAUUUCUGUUUUUAAACAUGAAUCCUGGUACUUGGCCCUGAGGCUUAAUGCACUUAUCAUUGAUUUCCAACUUCUAGCAUCUUUGUCUCACAUUGAGAUAGUCAAUCACCCUCUUGCCUCAUAACUUUUUGAUUUUUUUCCCCCCUCCCUUUAGUGGGACCUACGACAUAUAGGAUAUUGCUGGUUCUUCUAGCAAAGAUUACAACUAAAGAGUGCCCACAACAGAAUCUUUAAUGUUCUUUAGUAUCUCUCAUUUCUGUUGAUCAGGCUUUAGUAAUCUUUAUAUUGAUAGAUGAUACUUUAAAACUGGUGCCAAAAAUAUGCUUGUGAAAUGUCGUUCUAGAUAUAGCUUUGCUGCUUCAAUCGCUAACCAUAUCCUUUAACUUCUGCUGCUUCCUGUAGAGAAGUCUACUGGUGCAUGCUGGGUUAAGGGAACAUGAAUCGCCACUGGUUAUAUUACAGGUGGUGGCUUUAUGAAGUACUUAUGUGCAGUAUUAAGACUUGUAUUUUUACUUUUUAGGUGUUUGCCAGUGUAGUGACAGUAUUAAUGUUUUCAUGGUAGGCUAGGAGCUGUGUUUCAGAAAGAUUGGCUCACGCUGGUUGGAGAGCCUCUUUGGGCAGAAUUAAAACGGUACACAUGGAUGGAGGAUUGAUCUGAGGUUUAGAGUCCCUGGCUUGCUCAUGCACUACCUAUCAUGUAUAGUUUAUAAUGGUUGGAGAACUCUGGUUCUCUUGGUUGGUGGAAUCCAUAGCAGAUCUCUCUUUGAAGUAAUGUGUGUAGGUUGGAAUUAAGUGUCUUGUUGGUAUUGUUUGUUGUACUCCUAGGCCGGUAAGUACCUACGUUUAGCUUCUAGUUUUGGGUUUCAGUAGUUGAGGACAUUUUGUAUCUAUAGAUCACAGCCCGCUCUGGUGGCGUUGGGUACAAGUGUGCUUCUUUGUAAAUGUUUUUAGUGCAAUACAUUCUUAUAUAAACUGCAGCAUGUGCCUUUGUAGAGAAUGUAUGGGCUUAUGGGUGAUGUUAGCCACAAUAGUGGUGGCACUGAGCACAAGACAUGUAGGACAAGCUUCCUAGUAGCUUUUGUGGAAUAUUGCAGAGAAGAAGGCUGUGAACGUACUAACAUUUUGAGUUUUUACAUAAAUGCCUUACCUGUCCCAGGAUAGCUUUUGGUUUGGCACGGUAGUCUUUCUUUGCCCUCAGUGUAAUAAAUAUACACACUAGAUUAAUCAGCACUUUCAGUAAAACACACCACCAUAUCAGAAUCAAUGGGACUGACUAUAUUAAUAAAAGUAGUGCUAUACUUUUGCCAUAGCAGACAGUUGUAUAAAUAUUAAAUCAUAGUACAGGCUUAUUGUAUUGCCUUGACAUAUCAUUUUUCACAUAGCCGCUCCAGCAGUAGGCUAUGAGAUUACACACGUAGUUCCCCAUAAUCCUGAUCUAAACCAGAAUUGUCUAACAUUUGGCUACAGGCAAGUAGACGUGUGUGCAACGGACUUUGCAGUUGGCAUUUCAAGUUUUGAAGAGGUGCCAUUGUUUUACAUUUGCUGCCUUUUGUAGAGCAUGCCUUUAGGAGAUGAAGGAUCAUUUCGUUGAUGCAGGUUUGGUUUCAUGUUGGAUAAAGAGUGCCUGCACAAGAUGUUUUUCAAGUGGCCAGUGUGAAACUAAAAUCCCCCCAUGAACAUAACAUGAUCCUCUGCCUUAGUGUUAAGAAUACACCUACAACCUCCUUAUCAUUUACCUUGCCCCUCUUCUCUUUUCCUCCCUAUAGGCGUAUGAGACGUCUUGCCAACACUGCACCGGCCUGGUAAACAGUCCCCUCCCGACGAAACUCGCGGUUCACAUCCUGGAGAUGGAACCUUGCCCCAUAAAUAAACAAAAAGUAACUGAUAAAAAAAAAGUGAAAAAUGUAUUAAAAAAAAUAAAAAAAAUUCUAAGACUAAAGAGUUGUGGAGGAGAGGAGGGUAACCUUAGCACCUCUUGAGCCCAAAUCAGAAGGUGCAGGGGACCCACACAUUCCACUUUCAAAGCAGCUGGGUGCUGCCUAGUUUGACUCCCUCAUCCUUUCCUUCCAUGUACAGAGUGUGAAGCUUUAGUGCUACCUGACUACCGGAAGACCUGAGACAGAUGUCCCAAGCCCUCCUUUAUACCUGUGUACGUGAAAUGUAAAGCUUUUUUGUGUUCUAUUUUUAAUUUGUAUAGGUGCAUCAUGCACUUGUAGAGGACUUUUUAAAUAAACAUAAUGCUCAAUA